AUGAGGCCCUCCGCGGAGAACGAAACCGUCACUUUCAGGAGCGGGAGUGCGGAAAAUCAGUUCUUGGCGGGGGCUGAGCAGGCAGCGUCGGUUCCGACGACUCACCGAAGGCCUGUUGUUUCUGGUCUCUCCUUGGCUGAAGCUUGUUCCAUCGAACUGGCUGCAGAAGGAGCAUAUGCCGGUCUUGUGGAGGCGGCAGGUAAACCGAGCGAAGCCAUGUGGGGCGCAGACGAGUACGCCAGGGAUUCCGAAAGUCCGCCCGGGCUACCUCCCGCCUCUCUCCGGAGAUCCAAGCGCGUGGGCCACAGUGACGCGAAGCGCGUGGGCAACCACGAUGGAGAGGCGAGUGGGUCGUCGACCGGAAAGGCGAGACCGAUGGGACAAGGAGAGGCGGAGACCGUCCGGGCAGACGUCGCAGUGGAACAGGAGCUGUCAUCCUCUGAGCUUCGCGAACCCGUGAAGGUAGACGAUGCUGCCUUGGACCUGGAUUCUGCGUUUUCCGUGGACACGCCGCCUCGAGCCUGCUCUGAAGCCGCACGCGGUUGUGAGUCCCCUUUCCGUCCCCUGUCUCCUCCCUGUCCCUCGAUAGGCAGUCCGAAAAAACGGUCUCCGGCAGCUCCGGCCACCGGUACACCUGCGUUCAUGCCUGGGUUAGCGGACGGAGCAGACUGUUCGUUUCCCCUCUUCCGCCCUCAGUCAUCCUGUUCCACUGUGGCGUCGCACCACUUCUCGUCGAGGGGCUCUUUUUCGCCGCUUUCUUUUUCGCGCUCGGCGUCGCUGCUCGGCGAACAAGCGAACUUGGCCAAAGACGCCUUUUCCCCAGUUCGGCGCAAGGAAGCCGGUCCGUCUGCCGGCGGGAAGGGUUGUGCUCAGUCCCCAGGAGACACUGUCGGCUCUGGGGACGUUCCAGCUGUGGAUCUCAUUGAACUGCCACCGAGGCGAAGUCCCUCUAUUUUGCCGCAGGUUGACGAGGGCGACGCCUGGGACGGGGAGACGCGUGAGGAACAGGAACCGCUCAGUGAAGCUCUCCAAGGCACACCGGAGACGGACGACGGAGACUCAGUGCGGUCGGCUCUGCUGAGUCCGGGAGCAGCCGGCAGGACCGCGAACUCUGGAACCCAUUUCGAGCCGCCAGCACAUCCGAGCGGUCAGGGAAGAGCCUGCACUCAAAACCUUUUCCAAGACCCGGAGACAGGCAGCCACAUCGGCACAACGAUGCCGGAGGAAAACUCUGCGGAGAGCGCGUGCGGGGAAAUGUCGCCGACCUCAGCCCGUGAUGACCCUCAGAGUGCUUCUGUGUCUGACGGGCAUCCAGUGGACAGUCUUGACGCUCGAGAGCCAGAGACGUUCGGGUCAGACUCGGCACAGAGCGAACUCCCUAAUCUGCUCGCACCGGCGCGGCAGAGCCCGGAGGUAUCCUCACCAGUGGACGCCCCCGCUGUGGAAGGCCGGGGCGAUGCGGAGGAGGCUGGUAGCUCGAGGCACCCACUGCGUGAUGUCCUUGAGUCGUCGCCGACGGCGGGGCUGACAGAAGCACCCGAGGGUCCGAGCGAAGGAGACAGCAGCCUCUCAGAGACCGCACCAGAAGAGCGCGGUUCGUCGCCUUCAGCUGCGGCAGACCUGCAUUCGGUGCCGCGCGGCGUCGGCGCGAACUUUUGCAAGCAGGCAGCCAACCCCUCGCGAGGAGCCCGUCAACCUGAGCAGGAGCGAGACUGUCACGGCUGGCUUCUUCAGCAGUUUUCUUUCUCGACUCUUCCCGGCCUGGCGGCAGGCGCCACCAACUCCUUUACCGCCGAGCGGAAGCGCGGUGAGUUCGAGCACACUGAGACCAGCGGGAACGCGCCGCCGGUGGCUCUUCCUGAAGAAACAAUCGAACAAAUAGCAAAGACUUUCGGCUCGACAGAGGCUGAUGGGAUGGAGGAGGAAACCCUGGAGUUUGACGAGACUCUCUUCCCCCUUGGGACAAAAAAGCAAAGACGAGGAACAAGCAGCACAAGUUGCUCGGAAGUUAGCGGCCUCAGUAGUGUGAAGGAGAAAGACGCUUGCGGAGGGAAGAAAUUGAAGAGAGCCUCAGCUGCAAGCAAAAGCAAGAGUGCGCAAAGUGCCUUGGACGACCUUGCAGAGCUUUCUGCCGUCCACGACGUGAAGCACGGCCUCAACGACUUUAUCUUGUCAGCCUUGCGCAGGUGUGCUCCCCAGUCGUCGCUCCCUGGUCGAAACUCGAAACCUUUCCUAUGGUCGCUCUCCGACACAAGUUCGCCAGAAUGGCUGAGGAAGACGCAGGAGCCUGGAGCUGCGUUCCAAAACGCGCGAGAAGACAGCGGCUCGGCUUUGUCGCGAAGUGGUCCCGCGUCAGCUUCAAGUGACGAAGGUUGCCAGGAUGACUGUGCCUGGCCAAGUGACACGUUCCGUCGUUUUCUGUCGGGGCAUUUGGAGACGUCGCGUUCAAGCCCGUUUUCUCGUGCAUCCCCCAGUAGCCGUGCGGAGUCUUCGGCCUCACGUUCGGUUUCUCCAGUGGCAUCCUGCAUGGGCAACCGUUCAGCACGGAGUUGCGAUAGACCUCCAAGCGGUGGACAUACAGCGGAAACCGUUCGAGCUGCCGAGUUUUCUGAAGAAGCUCUAAGGGCCUUCCUCGCGUCGUCCUCUGUGUCCUCUCUUUCCCGCGAUCUCGCAUCACAGGCUGCAACAGCUCGGAAUGCCUUCGCCCCGCGCCGCACCGCGGCUGCUUUGAAGACGAGCGCCUCGCGGACACCCUCACGGACCCUGUCUGAGCUUGAGGCGAGAUGGGAUAGUGUGUCCCCUCGCUCGGUGGCCGCCAUUCACCCCGGUGUCAAGAUCGCGGCGAGUUCUCCAAAAGCAAUGAGCAGUGCGGCACACUCGAUGAGUCAAUCGAUGGACCAAUGUGUGGCACAGCUUCGUAAAGGAACGAGCAAGGGUUUGCAUCCAUAUGUGUCAUUCGCAGCAAUGUCCCUGCUUGACGCGAUGGCAGCAAAGCCGCCAGAGGAGCAGUGUAUGUUCAUCGAAGGGCUGCAAACUGCAUGCGCGGUUCUGCGUGGAGCUGACGCAAAGGAUUUCAGUGGCGAUUCUGCCGCUUCAGUGCUUUCUGCAAUUGUAGCCCGUCUCUCUCGGAAUCGCACGGCACCACCAAAUGUUCACGCAACGCCGGCAACAGCCGACCGCCAAGCCGGGGAGCACAUGGUCCCUCUCUUGGAUUCGUCUGUGUCCGAGCGUGGCCUCUCGUUCCCAACCGCGUCGUCCACUGUCUCCGUCGUGAGGCCUGGCCAGCGCUCUGCACCACCCAGCAAAUGCGAAGAGAGCCAACCGCUUCUCGCAUCCGUUGCAGGCGCGGGUGCCAAGCCAAAAGCGAUGUGUUCUGUUUUCGAGACAGCCGAGGCGUCAACUGGGCAGAAAGGGUCUGGUUCGAAGAAGCCAGAGAGUCGGAAGAGAGGGGCGGGAUCUGUCUUUUCGGCGUCGGCUGAAGAAGAGAAAAGAAUCGUUCGGCGGUCCUCUGUUCUUGAUGGUGUCUCCCCCUCUGCUCUCCGCUCGGCUCACCUUGCAGAGAAGCCAGGGCCAUCGCUGCAGCCGCUCUCCACUCUUUUGUGCUCUCUGAUGGCGACUGGUUCUCAAGCAGCUGAACCAGGCAUGGGGGCGGCAGGCGCAGAAGGCGAGUCUGGGGGGAUUUCUCGGAGAUCGAGUGAGAACCGAACAACGUGUACAGCUCCGUCCGCCCUCGCGAAGGCUCAGAGGAAAAGGAGUCGCAGAGACAGCAGAGAGUCGGGCGAUACAACCGACGCAUGCGGUGGCGCGAAGUUCACUUUUUCCGGGAGCUCUCCGAGCAACAUCGCGCCAGGCCUCAAUGCGGCAAAGCCCACAACCGUGUUGUCUUCCGCUUGUUUUGUGGGCCAGCCACAGGCUCUCGCGGAGCUUUCUGCCCUCUUCCAGUGUGGCCCAGCGAAGGCAGUCGAUGAGAUCGGCAGCGGGAAAGCCAGUUGUCAGCGGGUGAAAGCAGAAACGACUGGAGAGCCCGUCACAGCGUCGGGUUCUGCCUGCCAAACAGCAAGUCAAUCCCUGGAAAAAACCGCAGAUGCGGAAGUUCGUCUGUGGCGGUUCCCUGAAGCUAGAGAUUCGCCACCCGUAAAGGCGGCCGAAGACGUGAAGGCUGCGAAAGAAGGCGGCAAAGAGGGUUUUUCCACGGAGUCUGGCAAGACGACGGAAUGGGCGACUACUGCCGAGCGUGAGGAACAGACAGGCGCGAGAGGGACACAGCCGCCUUCUGUCGCUGGUGGGAAAAGAGAUCGAGUGGCGAUCUCGAGGAACGGAACGCGGACAGCAGCCCGGAUGUAUGCAUGUCCUCUCUGCAAUGGCCUGUUCAGCAGGAACUACAACCUUCACCACCAUAUCAGAGCGGUCCACGAGGGGGCGAAACCGUUUGUCUGCCCCAUAUGCCACAAGACGUUCAGCUACAAGCGAGGCAAUCUGGAACAGCACAUUCAAGCCGUCCAUCGAGGCGAGAAGCCGUUCCAGUGUAAAAUUUGUGGGAGGGCUUUCAGUCAGAAGGGAAACCUGAGUCAACACACCCAGGCGGUGCAUGCAGGCAACCGGCCUUUCCAAUGUCCUCAGUGUUCGAGGUCUUUCAGCCGCAAAAGCCACCUCCACAGGCACAUCACAUCUCUCAAGCACUACGGACCGGCGGGUUCUUCAGCGGGGAUCCAGCAGUUGUCUGGAGGGAUUCUCGAGAGCGAACUGGCUAAAGACGCCGAUUCAUCUAGCUGA